UCAGCUUUAGCCCGUACUGAGCAGAAGCAGAGAAGCUUUAUUUUGGUGAUUAUCAUACCAAGCUGAUCCAGAUUGCAUUGUUGUUUUUCUGAUCUCCUUCUCCUCCACCUAGAAUGUGAAUCAUUAUAUAAUAAUGAAUCAUUAAGAACUUGAAAGUUAAAGAUAAUCACACCACGUGGUACUAGAGAAAUUGCAUUGAAAUUACAAGUCUGUGUAAUUCACUAUGGAAGAUUGUGAAUCCAUUAGUGCCCCGUUGGUAUCUCUGUCAAGCAGUAGCAAAAAUGAUACAGUACCGUGUCAGAGACCGCCAUCUUCAGCUCGUAAAAGGAAACAAAUGGUCCCAAAACCUAUAAGAGAAGCAACUGAGAAUGAUGAAGAUGAUGGUAACGAUGAAGGUGGUGACACACAAGCGAGUAGUAGUGAAUGGAAUCUACCUCCCAAGAAACCAGUUGGUAAAAUGUUGCCAUUACAUUGCAUCGUGGAACAGCGUCAGUACGAACAGCUUCCUCAACAGAAAGAAGAUUAUGCAAUUGUAUCAUCAGAACUAGUUCUCAAAGAGCUCUUAAAUUGUGUGCUGUGCAAGCUAGGAUUCAGGUACCUUGACAAGUAUUACAUUGAAGGUCAUUUACAAGUGCGUAAUUGGAAAGCUUUGCCAUUUAGUGCCAUCUGUGAGAAUGAAGACACAACUGUAGGGCACCUUUUUGGUGAAAUUAUUUCUCAUGUGUCACUAAUCAUCAAGCUCAAGAAAAGAAUGGAGUCGACAUCAUGGCUACCGAAUCAAAUGUUAAACACUAUGAGUCCUCUUAGGCAAGAUGGUCAUCAAGAAGGCAAUAGAGGUACCGGUAGCACAUUGCAUGACAUUGCCACCAAGAUCAGGCAGUUGAUUGACAAGAGAGGUCCUUCUAUGUUGGUCUGCCAUGGAUGUCCCUUUUCACAGAACAUCAUCAAUCAAAUUCUGACUGGGAAAUGUAGCAAGUUAAUAUCAUCAGAGAAAGUGACUGCAUUUUACUUGUGGUAUAAUAUCUACAGUCGUUUAGCAGACAACACUUUAGUUUCUGCUGGCAAGCUGGACAGCAGUAGUGCAACAAAAUUUAUGCCUCGUAGAGUCAGAGGUCAAAGAACGCUAUUUGAUCCUAGGUACGAAAUACCUCUACUUUUUAAGUGGUACCGACAGAAUCCACGACCAAGUCGUCUUGAGUUGGAGGCUUACUUAUCACAGUUAAACUCAUCAGAGAAACGAAGAAAUGGUCACCCACUUCAAUACUCAUCCCUCGCAAUAUGGUUUAAAAAUGCAAGAGCUAAGUAUCGCGAUUUCAAUAAGAUUCCAUCAAUAUACAGGUUUGAACGCAAUGAUGAACCUUCGUUGCCGCUGAAUUAUAGUCAGAAAAAUUAUUCUCAUAGACGUAUGAUAGAGCUGCAGGACAUGGCUUCACAGUCUGAGGGAAAUUCGAGGCAGGACCCAACAGCUCAAGCUUUGGAAACUCUGUCAAACGUGGCCACAAAAGUUGCCAGCAGUCUAGCUAUGAGUACCGUGUGCAGCAGAGUAAACUCUCGGAGUUCUGAAUCACUAGCUUGCAGUCAGCUCAGUGAGAGAUACAACACUGUAUUGCAACGUCACAGACAAAUAAAUGAUGUCUCUGAAUCACAACCUAACAGAACAAAAACUACCUUAACUGUACCGCAACCGUUAGUCCCUAUAUUAGUUGGAAGUAGACAUCAACCAUGGCAAACUAUUGUUUCUCAGAAUGCAUCGAACGGUUCAACCGUUAAUGCGCAACCCACCUCAAGCAUCAUCAGAUCCACCACUCAUCAGGCACCUGUAAGACCACCAGUGUUAUUAAAGGGAAAGGUAUCAGUCCCUUCACCAAGGAAAAGGUUCAAUAUUCAUCCAACCCUCGAGGCUCCUCGGUUGGAAUCAUGGUUUACUGUGACACCAAAACCAGAUCGGGAAAUAAUUCGAGUGUAUGCCCAGCAAUUAAACAGCACUGAGUUUAGGCGUUCACGUGAUAAAUACACCAGCAGAAUUAUAUAUGUUUGGUUUAAAAAUCGAAGGGCAAAACAAAAUCGUCUGCAACAACGACAUACUAAUAAAGAAGGCAUUGGAUUGCAUUCCGUUAGUAACUCCGAAGAGUGCAUGGACCAGGAGGCGUGUGAAGGGUCCGACAUGGAAAGUAAUUUGUCAGGGAAUCUGUCCAACGAUCAGUCAAUCAACUAUUCUCAUGGUGAUCAUGUCAAAUUAGAAUCCUGGUUCCAGGACAACCCAGAUCCGUCGCCAGAGGCACUUGAAGAAUACACAAAUGAACUUAAUUCCGAAGGACCUUCUUCAAGAGGUGGUCAAAAAAUGGACGUUGAAGCAGUCAGUCAGUGGUUUACCUCAAGGCGCGAGGCAGCAGUUUCUGUCAUCAAAGAAGAACCAGACAUGUAUAUGCAGGCCAGUGAUGAUGACAACAGCGAUGAUUGGAGUGAUGUGACAGUUCGUCAUACUGUGUUGGAAUUGUUAAAGGACUUAAACCAAACCAGACUUGCUCAAAUAAGCCCACUUUCACAGUCAAUGAUUUCCUGUAUAGCAAAUGCAAGAUAUACAGCAGCUAUAAGCAAGGAUAAAUGCCAAGAGUUUGGGAGAUGGUAUAGGAUUUACAGGGCUCAAGCUCAAACUCAAGGUUUUGAUCAAUAAUAUUAAUUGGUAAUAAAGGAAGGUGCAACUCCAAUCAACAGUUCAGUGUAAAAAUCAAUAGAUGGUAAUUAAAUGGAAUAUUUUAGGUUAUUCAGUCUAAUUUAGAAACCAUACGCAAUUUGAAGUUUUUAUUUAUAUAAUUGUGAAACCAAAAUGUGGCAUUUUUGGGGCUUUUAGGUAAAUCAAAAGAAGUACUGUAUAUUAAUUACUACUAGUAUUACCAUUUUGAAUGUAAAAUAAGCAAAAUAAAAGAAUAAUCACUAUAGAUAUUGAUUUAUAGACCCUAAAAGUAAUAUAUUAGCAUUUUGAAAGCAAUUUUAUACUACUGAUCAUAAAAGAAAUGUCUAAAGGUCAAUAAUGACAUUGAUAUCAACAUUUUGAUUUGAUUAUAGCAGUUGAAGAAACUAAUUGCAAAUAUUUAAAAUAACGAGUUUUUGUUUUAAAAAAAGGAAAACCAUGCUGUUGUUGGCAUAUCUGUAUUGUAUUUAAUCUUUUUUUUUUUACAUGGAUAGUAAUUGUUUGAUUUUUGUAAGUGUUAUAAUUGAUAUGAUCUAAAGCACUUUGGCUAAAGGCUGUACUACGGGUAAAUGUACAAAACACUUGCGAUUGUUACAUAAGGUUCUCUUUUUAUCAGAUCAACAUACACGGUUUUGAAAAUUAAAACAACAUGAAUAACUGAUUAUGUAUGUAAGAAAAUACAGUAUUAGAAAACAAUUUCACCUGGUAUUUGACCUGUUGUGUGGAUUAAAAUACUAUACAUAAAUCAGUAAUGUAGUCUAUGAAUGAGGAGCUUAGAUAAACACACCCACCUUCCCUCACUAUCAAGCUUUGGUGUCCCAGGAGAGAGAAUGCACAUGGUGUCCUACAGUGGACGGUGCUAUUAUUUAGGGGUGUUUUAAUGAAAGGAAUUGUGGCAAUAUCCAAGUUUUUACAAGUUAAUAAAUUCAAUAACAAAUACAUUUCUUAUGCAGUUUC